AUGUUUUAUCAGCUGCAUACAGCUCAUCAUAUGCAUUUGUUACAAUAUCAUCCCAAAGUCCCAAUAGAUGCCAAAAUAGAUCCUUCCUCCAAUAAGGUUUGACUUAUGACACCCUUCAAUUGAUGGAAAGCAACCCACUGUGCUCUUGGUCAGAUUCUAAGACUCUUAAAAUUAUUUUGGGAAGUGGAUUUAGCCUUAGAAGCUCCACAAUAA